AUGGAUAAGUUAUAUUCUCGUUACAAACAUUUAGAAACAAUUAUAGACAUAAAAAAUUUCCGAGUUUCAAUUACUCAUAAAGGUGAACCACUUUAUAGCAAGGGCUAUACAUUUAAGAUCUAUGACCCUGAAAAACAGUUGGUUAAACCAUUGUAUUUGGCAGCAAAUAACAAAAAUGCAAUGAUUCAAUGGGAAAACGCCCUACGUUUAUCGUCAUCUAUUGUCAAUGAUAUUCUAACUGGUAACACAUUGUCAGAAUUGAUUGAAACAGAUGAUAAUAAUCGUGAUGUUAUUUUGGACAAAGAUUAUCCAACAACUGAUUCGUUUCGACAACGGUCAUAUCGACCGCAACAUCGACAAAUAUUACGUUCGAUGGAUGAUAAUGCGGUUGAUAAUUAUCAAUCAGCAUUUCAACGUCCUUUUCAACAUCAGAAUCGGCCAAAAUCAGCUCGAACAUAUCGGACAACAUAUAAUAGCAGUGAUAAAAAUUCAUUUGGUUAUCAUUCUCAUGUUGAGGAUGAUUCUUUAUUUCCGUCGUCAAUUAAUUCUUACGAUUCAUUACGACGUGCCCAAAGUACAGAAUUAUUUAGUGAUCGUAAUACAGAUAGGAUAAUAUCAAGAUCAAAAAUGAACACAACGACUAACGACAUUGACAACGUUCUUAUUGAUGAUAAUAUCAGUGGUGAUGAUGAACAACAAUUGUUAAGACUGCGGCGUUACAAUGAUAGUAAUUCGUACAACCGUCAAUCAUUAUCAAAACGGCAAAAUCGAAAAACAACUGAAUCGAAUUAUCAAGGAGGUGGAGAUGAUAUGAAUCUAUUUAAUAAUGAACGAUUAGUCGAUGCAUUUGGUAGAAAUAAUUCACAUCAUAGACGAUUUAAAUUACGUACGCCAACGAUUAAAAAUAAAAAUAAUAAUCACAUAACCGUCGAUGAGGCGAAUAUUGAUAAUUAUGGAUUUGGAUUUAGACCCGAUAAUGAUAAUAAGUCAAAAAUCAUUGAAGACGAUGAAAAAUCAAAAACAUCAGACUUUGCCGUUGUUGAUCGUCUGGUAUUAGGACCAGCUGCAUCUGUUUUAGAUACAAAACAACACAAGUCACAUUUGAUAGAUAAUAACACAUUCGAUCGUACGAAUACAAGAUCGAGACAAUCAUCCACGCGAUCUAUUUUACGUGGUCGAUCGAAAUCAAUUGGAGAUUUUCCACGACAGACAAAUUUUAAUGAUAUUCCUUAUGGUUUCAACGAAUCAGGUUAUGUGCGAACACAAACUGAAAGCGAAUUAUUAGCAUGGCAAAAUAGAAUGCUUCAAAGAGAACAACAUGGUCCAUUUCGGCCUCCACUUCCCAAUGGCUAUCAAGUAACAAACCCAAGAGUGAAUCUCAGUUCAUCUUACUCAUCUAGUCGUUACAACGAUCGUCUAAUGCCUUCCAGUCGUCCAGUAUCAGCGACAUCAAGUCUGAGUGUUGAAAGCCAAAAAGUUGACUAUGAUCAUCACGAUACCUUGUCGAGAUCUGCUCGUACCAUCAAACGUCAUAUUGAGUUACUCUAUCAUUUACAAUCAUUUUAUGAAAGAACUAUCGAACAAUUAUAUAAUGGAAGUGGACGCAAUAGUUUCGUAAAUAAAUCGUCUCAUUCAGUAUAUUUCACACACUGUCGUAAAAUAUCGGAUCAAAUAGAACGUUUAAAACCGAAUUGGGAAAAAAAAAUCAAUGACUUACAACGAUUAUUAAAAGAAAUUCCCAUAUUAAAUAACACCGAUGAAUGGCUAACGAUAAAAAGUGAGAAUGAUAUUGAUCAUGUAUUAAAUGACGACAAUAUUUGUAUACAGUUAGAAGACGAGUUAACAUCGUUACUUCAACAUCAGUCGUUACUAAAUGAGUUUUGCUCAUUAUUACAAUGGAAUUGUCAAAUAUAUUCAAUAAAUGAACAAAAUCGUGUUGAAAUUUUGUUACCAAUAUUGCGUGAUCAGUCAGUAUCAGCCGAUGGUUAUGUAGCACAUGUUAGUCAGCAACUAACAGGACUCGUCACCAGUCUUCGUUCAUUGGAAAAAUAUAUUUUGGCGUAUGUGAACACAAUUCCACAAUUCAACAAUGAUGAGAGAUAUCAACAACACCAUUUAUCAUCACAUCCUUAUACAGAAACCUAUUUGGAUACACUGCCAACUAGAAAUUCAGUGAACAUGACAAGCAAAGACGAUUAUCGAUUAAAAUUUAAUCAUCAACAACAACAACGGACGAUAAAUAUGCAAAUAUCAGAUGAUGUACGCCAGCAACCUUAUUUAUCAAAUCAUGGCAAUAACAGUAAUUCACCAUUGUACAUCUCAAAUGGUAAUAAUUAUAACGAUUAUCAAAAUCGAAGGAGAAGAAGUCCAAGUCCAAAAAUUCGUUCAACAUCCGCUCCCCGUUAUGAUGAAGAUUUACAUACCAAAAACAGAGAAUUGGGAAUUUUGAAAUCAUCACAACAACAGCGAUACAAUGCUAAUCAGGAUUUUGACGCUGAUAUUUUUAAACCCGACAAAGUAGAUAUUCCAGAACGAUUGAUUGAUUUUGGAAACGAAGAACGUUUGACCGCUACUGAAAGAUUAGCACGAUUAAAGAAAAAAGAUGAAGUGCGAAAAAUGUUAUCGAAACAGAGUGUUCAAGAAAUGAGUGACAAUGAAUUCAACGAUACUCGUGGAACAUCGUCAUCAUUUCUACGUCGACGGCACGAAAAAGAAGUAAAAAAUCGUGAAAAGGCAUUAGAUUUACAAUCAGCGAUUGCAUUUGAAGCUAAACAGAAAAGUCGCCAAGUAGCUGAUGAAGACAUGGACAAUUAA